CUGGGUGACCUCAGGUGUGUGUGUGUGCAGUUUUCAAGUUUUCUUCGUGCUGAAAGUAAACAAAUGGACUCUGCGGCGGUUUGUGAUAAAAAAAUGAAAAAUGUGGUCAAAGUUUGUGACUUAAAUCGAGCACGAUGCCCGGACAGAAGAGAAGAUAUAAUGUGCGCUUUCCUCCAGGCCGCAUCAAGAAGAUCAUGCAGAAGGAUGCAGAGGUGGGGAAGAUUGCAAUGGCCGUUCCUGUGAUCAUCUCUCGGGCGCUGGAGAUGUUCCUGAAGUGUCUGCUGACCCAAACCUGUCUGGUAACUCAGUCCAAGCACAGCGCCGCCGUGUCAGUCUCUCACAUGAAGCAGUGCAUCGAGUCAGAGAGGCUCUUCCACUUCCUCAAAGACCUGGCAGAGCGAGCAACAUCUACGGCAGGCCAGAAGGACAACAGAGGCAUGAAUGUGUGGCCGUUAUACAGAACAAGACGGCAUGACACGUCCGUUAAAAAAACACCUGAAGUGGUAGAAAAGGCGCCACGGCCGAGCCUCGACUCCCUUGACAAUGACUCCAGCUCCAGUGAGUCCGAGCUCUACAUCUGCCUCUGAGUGUGAACGUGCAGCCUGAAGAAACUCACAAACCCUACUUUUUGUCACUUUUGUUUAAAAGUUUGUCUUUGAUUACGCUCUGCUGGUACAGUUUAACAUACACGUUCAUCAUAGGAAUAUUAACCGUGAGAAAAAGCAUUGUUCUGGGAAGAGAAUGUUUAAGUUAUAUCAUAUUUUAUAACUUUUUCUGCUGAUUGAUUUUGUUUUGGGUCGUUUUCUUUCACGUUUUAGUGUACCUCUUGUUUUGUAGUGAAGCCUGUUUUCUUUAUGUUCAUAGCAGAUUUGUAUUAAGAGUGAAAAUGUAAAUACUCUGCUCGUUUAUUAAUGCAGAGAAACACUUUAAAUUAUUUUAGAUUCUGAUAUAUUUGUGUUGAUCAGGCAGAUCGCUUCAAUCUUUUGUUUCCUUUCAUUUGAAAAAAAGAAA